GGCAGAAGCCGCGGGUGCUUUAGUUCCAAGGAGGACCCCGGCCCUCAGGAGGAAGAGGAUUUGCCUGGUGGGAUCCGCAGUCGGCGCGGCUGGCUCUGCUCACCUCUGCCUUCUCCUGAGCCGGGCAGCCAUGAAGGACUCGCUGGUGCUGCUUGGCCGUAUCCUGGCGCACCCGGACUCCCGCUGCUGGUUCCUGGCCUGGAACCCCGCGGGAACCUUGCUGGCCUCGUGUGGGGGCGACCGGAGUGUCCGCAUCUGGGGCAGGGAGGGUGACAGCUGGAUCUGCAAAUCUGUCCUUUGUGAAGGCCACCAGCGCACCGUGCGGAAGGUGGCCUGGUCUCCCUGUGGGAAUUACCUGGCCUCUGCCAGCUUUGAUGCUACCACUUGCAUUUGGAAGAAGAAGAAUGAUGACUUUGAGUGUGUAACCACUCUGGAGGGCCAUGAAAAUGAGGUCAAGUCAGUAGCCUGGGCCCCAUCUGGCAACCUCCUUGCCACCUGCAGCCGAGAUAAGAGUGUGUGGGUCUGGGAAGUUGAUGAAGAAGACGAGUAUGAAUGUGUUAGUGUCCUCAACUCUCACACACAGGAUGUCAAGCAUGUGGUUUGGCACCCGAGCCAGGAGCUGUUAGCCUCUGCCAGCUAUGACGACACAGUGAAGCUCUACCGGGAGGAAGAGGAUGACUGGGUAUGCUGUGCCACCCUCGAAGGCCACGAAUCCACCGUGUGGAGCUUGGCCUUUGACCCCAGUGGCCAGCGCCUGGCCUCUUGCAGUGAUGACCGUACUGUGCGCAUCUGGCACCAGUAUCUACCGGGCAAUGAGCAAGGGGUGGCGUGCAGCGGCUCUGACCCUAGCUGGAAAUGUAUCUGCACCUUGUCAGGCUUCCACUCCAGGACCAUUUACGAUGUCGCUUGGUGUCAGCUGACAGGGGCCCUGGCUACCGCCUGUGGGGAUGAUGCCAUCCGAGUAUUUGAGGAGGAUCCCGGCUCAGAUCUGCAGCAGCCCACCUUCUCCGUGACGGCCCACGUGCCUCAGGCCCAUUCCCAGGAUGUCAACUGUGUGGCCUGGAAUCCCAAGGAGCGGGGGCUCCUGGCCUCCUGCAGUGAUGAUGGAGAGUUGGCCUUCUGGAAAUACCAGCCGUCUGAAGGCCUCUGAGCCACCUUGACUUUGGACAGAAUCAUGGUUCCCCAGAAAAUGUCAUAAGACUUUCCCAGCCCCUGAGAGGACCCAGAGGAGCAUCCCUGACCUUCCUUUAACUUGGCCCUCCUCCAUGCAGACUUGGGUAGAAGUGCAGGCCACAGAACCACUCACUCCUUCCCCUCCUUUGACACGGAGUCCUUGGUAAAGAGCUACAGAACAUCAGUCUAUUGUACUUAAGCCAGAUUUUGCUUGCUUUAGGGCCCAGUGUUAAAUUUGGGGGUGGUGGUGAGUAUACUAUUUAUAAUCAUCAUAUCUAUACGUAGGAGGGAUAUAUCUCAGCCCUUUCUGAAACUGUAAGCUUUAUAGAAAUAAUCCAUCUGAGUCCCAAGUCCUGUUUUGUAAGGACAUUCACAAUCUAAAAGAAUUCCAUGGUGAGUCCUUUUCUGAAGUAGGUCCUGCCUUCUCGAUUUCUGGGCAAACCCUUGCAUUUAAGACAUUCAGUCAAUACUGAAGGAAAUUUUUUUUUUUUUUUUUUUUUUGGCUGUGUUGGGUCUUUGUUGCUGCGGGUGGGCUUUCUCUAGUUGCGGCGAGCGGGGGGGCUACUCUUUGUUGUGGUGAGCAGAUUUCUCAUUGCAGUGGCUUCUCUUGUUGGGGAGCACGGGUUCUAGGCGCGCGGGCUUCAGUUGUGGCCCGCGGGCUCAGUAGUUGUGGCUCGCGGGCUCUAAUACGCAGGCUCAGUAGUUGUGGCACACGGGCUUAGUUGCUCCAUGGCAUGUGGGAUCUUCCCGGACCAGGGCUCGAACCCGUGUCCGCUGCAUUGGCCGGCGGAUUCUUAAUCACUGCGCCACCAGGGAAGGCCUGAAGGAAAUUUUUUGACGUAGGUUGGUUUAGAGUGAGAAACACCUCUGCUUUCCCUUCGAAACCCUUAACGUUAACCUUCUGUGCUAUGUGCUGUGAUGACAGCCGGGAAGUGCUGAGAAAUAAAUGGGGAGGACAUGACCCCUAGAAGGGAGAGUUAUUGGUGGCCACAGGGCAUGCAUUCUCAGUGGGGAUGAAAAUUGGGUCUUGGGUGAGGGGCAAAAAAAAUAUUAGAGACAGUAAUUUGUGGCCCUCAAAAGGACCACAGUAUGUAAAUAUGCUGCGGUCUGUUGUAUUAGAUUUUCGUAGUGGGGGUGAGUAGUAAAAAGAUGCCGAUUAAGGCCCCUUAAGGCAAUGAUGAUGAAAAAAUGGUAGAGAAACACUGGCACGGGUAGUCAGCGCUUUAGUCUCACGUUAUCCUCUGACAGGCACUUCCAAGUGGGUUUUGACUUGAGGCCUGUCUUCAAGCCCACAGCCUUCACUUGAUUUUUUACACCACAGAAAUCAUGACCUUAGAUUUUGAAGACAGCUGGGGCAGUACCUAGAGCAGUGGUUCUCAAGAUGUGGUCUGCCAGUCACUGGAAAUGCCUAGAUUUUUUCAGCAAUUGGUGCCUGGGCAGGAAGCAAGGCAAUGGCACCAAAUACUACAGUCGUGUCUCCAUGCCUUGGUCUCACAGUGAAAAAAUUGCCAACUUCCCUGAGAAAUGUCCUCAACAGAACUAAUAAGAGAUAAAUUGUAUUAAAUCUGGACCCUUGAGCAUACAGCUCAUGUUCUGCAAUGACGGGAAGCACACACGAGCACUCCUGCUGCGCACUGAGGUGUGGCUGUCUUGAGGAAAAGCAGUUGUGCAACACAACUGUGUUGUUCAUGGCAUAACCAUUUCUACUUGAAAGAACGAGCAAAUUAUGGUAUUUAGACUUGGCUAUUUGGGAGACAUUUUCCGGAAAACGAACGGAACGAGCCUUUCACUUCAAGGGAAACUGAUAGUGUUGCCAAUGAUAAAAGCUUUCAAGCAAAAAUUAGAAUCUUUGAAAACUUGCAUUGCCGCCAUGAGCUUGACAUGUUCUCAAUGCUUAGACUUUUCUGAGGGGACUGGUGGUGAUAUGAACAAAUGUGAUCUGUAUGAUGAAAUGUAUUGACAUUUGGAAGAUUUGCAUAAUUCAUUGAAUGAGCAUUUUCCAAAUGCCUAAUGCAUGAUGUUAUAAAAUCAGUCAUGGGUAAGACUCAUUAAAAGUGUAAGGCCAGUGGGUUUUAAUGUAAGAGUAUAAAAAGCUCAUUGAUAAGGUUUCAGAUCCACAUUGCCUUUAAGAAACUGCCACCUGUGGAGUGGUGACGUAGCAUCACAUAGACUCAAUUACCUGAGAAACCUAUUUAAAAACUCCUUUUUCCAACUUCAUAUCUGUGUGAAUUCAGCUUUACGUCAGCACAACACAAAACGAAGCAGCUAUGAGAAUCCAACUGUCUUCUAUUAAGCCAGACAUGAAAGAGAUCUGCAAAAAUGUAAAAUGCCACUCUUCUCCCUGGAUUUGUUUUGGAAGUUGUUUUUCAUAAAAAGUUAACAUAA